AAGAGUGAGAGAGAAGAGAAAAGGAAAACAGAGUGAGAAAGAGCACUCUGGAAAGCAACGGCGGUCAAUGGUGAUGGCCGCGAUGCAGCUAAACGGUUGAGUCAGUCAGUCAGUCUCGAGACACCGAGAUUCGUGUAUCGUUGGGAGAUUGUUGAAUUGGUUACUGUCUCCAAUUUUUUAAUAGUUUAUCAUGAGUAUAAUUCUAUAAUUUUAAAAACGUUCAUUGUUGUUCUACGUAUAAUUGUAAAAAUUGUAAGCGUGUGUUUUAUUUUUAAUUACUUAACCACAUCGUUAUGUGCUUCGAAGACGCGGAAUAUAGAAGUUGAGUUACUCUUGUUUCUGACUCGAGGAUAAAGUUGUUGGUCUAUACAGUUGUUAAACAUAUACUCCUAAAGUUAUGGUCGUCUCUUUUUGACCGACUUCUCUCGUAUUGCUAGUUCAAUAAUGUAAGAAGGCGCGUUAUUUGAAAUAUAUUUGAUCUUAUCUUUAAAAUCCUCAUUGUAAUAUCUUUAAGAUAAAACGAUCUUAUCAAAUUGAAUUUAAUAAUAAGAACUAUGAUAUUUAAAAAAUUGUUAAAAUUGAAUAUAUGUAAAUAAAUGCCUAUAAAUUUAUAUUUUUCUAUAAUUAAAAAAAUUAAUAAAAUUCAUGUGCCAAAGAAAUGUGUAAUAUGUUCCAAUAUAAAAAUAAAUAUUUGUAAACUUACAAUUAUAUAUAAUAAGUAAUAUUUUAUAUCCUUAAAUAUAACAAAAUAAAAUUCAUCACGUUUUUUGUGAUUAAGAAAAGGCAAUGAAAGAAUUUGUAUGCUUAUGCAAUAAAGAGCGAGAAUACAAGAUUACGAAAAAGUCAAUUCGUUUGAACAAAUAUCGAUCAUAAAAAAAGAUUUAUUUAAAUUUUAUAGCAAAUUCAAUAUAAAAAGUUCUAAAAAAGAAACAAAAUGAAGCUCGAAGGAAAUUGUUCAAACGAAGAUAAUACUAAUGAAAUAUUAUUACAACCUAGAAAAGGUUCUGGUUCUCGUUUGCAAAUUGUACCUGCACAACAUAAAACGAUUACUCAUUUGCCGAAAAGACCACCGGUUGACUUAGCAUUCACCGAUUUAACGUACAAAGUACGAGAAGGUAACAAAAAUAAUGCAAAGACAAUUUUAAAAUCUGUCAGUGGAAGAUUACGAUCUGGAGAACUGACAGCUAUUAUGGGGCCUUCCGGUGCAGGAAAAUCUACUCUUUUAAACAUUCUGACCGGAUACAAAUCAACAGGUACUGAAGGAAGUGUUACAAUGAAUGGUCAUGAAAGGGAUCUUAGUGCCUUUAGAAAAUUAUCAUGCUACAUAAUGCAAGAUAAUCAACUUCAUGCGAAUUUAACAGUGGCUGAAGCCAUGAAAGUCGCUGCAAAUCUUAAACUUGGAUCGCAUGUUAACAAAACAGAAAAAGAAGAAGUGAUUCAAGAGAUUUUAGAAACACUUGGUUUAUCCGAGCAUCGUCAAACUAUGACAUCGAAUUUGAGCGGUGGGCAAAAAAAAAGACUUUCUAUUGCUCUUGAAUUAGUCAAUAAUCCUCCAAUAAUGUUUUUUGACGAACCUACUAGUGGUUUAGAUUCUUCGUCUUGUUUUCAAUGCAUCUUGCUCUUAAAGACUUUAGCUCGAGGCGGAAGAACGAUAAUAUGUACUAUUCAUCAACCUAGCGCUAGACUUUUUGAAAUGUUCGAUACGUUAUAUACAUUAGCUGAAGGACAAUGUGUGUACCAGGGAUCUACAUCACAAUUAGUACCGUUUCUUAGAAAUAUUGGAUUCAAUUGUCCAAGUUAUCACAAUCCAGCCUCUUUCAUUAUUGAAGUAUCUUGUGGAGAAUAUGGAGAUAAUAUCAAAAAUUUGGUAAAUGCUAUAAAGAAUGGAAAAUAUGAUAUUCGAGAAGGAUAUCCAUUUCCUGAAAAUAAAUUGGAAGAACUCAAUAAUUUACCUGAUUCGUUUUCGAAAAACGAAGAAGGUGGAAAAAAUACUGAAAGAAAAGAUAAAAAUGAUGCGAGCAAUUUGAAAGAAAAGUUUGAAGAGGAUAAAGUAAAAAAAGAAAUUAAUAAUAAAGGAAUUAUUUCAUCUUAUGCAAGUAAUGAUAUUGCAAAACAAGAUAUAGUAAUACCAAUUGAUAUGGAAAAAAAGGAUAAUGCUGAUGUAGCUUUACUCGAUGAAUCAAUUAUAGUUACUCCAGAGAGAUAUCCCACAUCGGAAUAUCAACAAUUCUGGAUUGUUUUAAAACGAACUUUACUUUUCAGUCGUAGAGAUUGGACUCUUAUGUAUCUUCGACUCUUUGCUCAUAUUCUAGUAGGAUUAUUGAUUGGCGCACUUUAUUAUGAUAUUGGAAAUGAUGGUGCUAAAGUACUUAGCAACCUUGGAUUUCUAUUCUUUAAUAUGUUGUUUCUUAUGUAUACAUCAAUGACUAUUACAAUUUUAUCUUUUCCAUUAGAAUUGCCAGUACUUCUGAAAGAAAAUUUUAAUAGAUGGUAUUCUCUUAAGGCUUAUUAUCUAGCAAUUACUGUAUCAGAUAUACCAUUUCAGGCAGUAUUUUGUGUUAUAUAUGUCACAAUUGUAUACUUCAUGACAAGUCAACCAACGGAUAUUAUGCGAUUCAGUAUGUUCUUGGGAACAUGUUUACUAAUUUCUUUUGUAGCGCAAUCGGUUGGAUUGGUGGUUGGAGCAGCAAUGAACGUACAAAAUGGUGUAUUUUUAGCACCAGUUAUGUCCGUACCAUUUCUCUUAUUCUCCGGCUUUUUCGUUAGUUUUGAUGCAAUUCCUGUAUAUCUUAGAUGGAUUACUUAUCUAAGUUAUAUUAGAUAUGGUUUUGAAGGGACUGCUCUUGCCACAUAUUCUUUUGGUCGAGAAAAACUUAAAUGUUUCCAGGUAUACUGCCACUUUAAAAACCCAGAAACAACAUUGGAAGAACUAGACAUGCUUGAUGCAGAUUUCACUCUCGAUAUUCUUGCCUUGCUUUUGAUAUUUGUUGUUCUUCGAAUCGCUGCCUAUUUAUUCCUUCGUUGGAAAUUAAAGACUGCGCGAUAGAUCGAUGUACAAUUAUUAUCAAUUUAAAAUGUUGAAAUACUUUUAUAAACGAAUGUUAAUGGAUUAAGGUAAUGCAUUUUCUUACCGUCAUCGUACAGUAGAAGAUUAAUAAUCUUAUGUUUUAAUAUCGAAAAUUAU